CACUGGUCACAUAUCCCUCUCCGUACACCGCAGAAGGCGAAAGUCCAUGCAUCCACGUUAGGGGCGUUCUAGGAAUAAAAAAAUCAUCCCUUUCACAGGAGCAUUCUGGGAACACAUAAAUCGUCAACACCUACAGCACACCCUUCAACAAAACCUAACAGCUACCGAACAAAACCCCCCUAUUCCCAAUCUACCCCUACUCCCAAACUUCCCAGCGUACGCAUCCCAACACCCCCCUCGGCUUGGAGCUUCCUCCUUGGCCCCUUCCCAUUCCCAAAAUGCCCCCUCUCACGACUCUUCCAUAAAUACCCCCAUCUCCAUCUCCUCCCCUCCCUUCUCCUUCCUCCUCCUCAAAGGGAAAAAGGUGAAAUGACAACGAUGCCCAUAAAUGACAACGUCGACAUCUUGGCGGAGAUAUUGAGCCGGCUCGACGGCAGGUCUCUCGGCGUGGCAGCGUGCGUGUGCAGGCUGUGAGUAACUGUGUCGCAGGACAGCGUAUGGGAGGUGGUCUGCAACCGGCACGGAGGAGGGGGGCCGGGCGCGAGGGGCGUGGUGACCGCCUUGGGCGGCUACAGGCGGCUUUACCGGGUGUGCGUGGGGCCGGUGCUGGACCGGCUGGGCCGGGUCGGGGGUAGAGAGGGGGAGGAUCCGGCCCAGCUUUCCCUGUCGCUGUCUCUCUCCCUUUCCUUGUUCUCGAUUGAUUGUUACGAGAGGAUCGGAGGGAGGGAGAGGUCGUCGCUGCUGUUCCUUGCCAACCCUGUCGACGUGGCGUGAUCUGGGUGGUUGGUUGUUCUUUUGAGGAGGAUUGUUGGCCGUUAGAUUGGUUGAGGUUAUAUAGGAAAUGAUUGUUUUUUUUUUUUUUUUUUGGCCCCCCCCCACCGAUAGGGCUUGCAAUUAAUGUCAUUAGUAGGUAAGAUGUUAUUAGUUGGAGAGAAGUUAAUUUGUUAAAUUAUACAUGAAGUUAGAAAUAUGUGUUACUUUAAAAGUGAUUUGUGUUGCGAAUGUGAAGUUCGGCCUAGGUUAUAAUGA